CCCCGCCCCGGGCCCCGGCCCCGGCCCGAGCCCCCUGCCCUGUCGGGCGAUGAAGUGUCACUACGAAGCGCUGGGGGUGCGGCGAGACGCCAGCGAGGAGGAGCUCAAGAAAGCCUAUCGGAAGCUGGCCCUGAAAUGGCACCCAGAUAAAAAUCUGGAUAAUGCCGCAGAAGCAGCUGAACAAUUUAAACUGAUCCAAGCGGCAUAUGAUGUGUUGAGUGACCCUCAGGAGAGAGCGUGGUAUGAUAAUCAUAGAGAGGCUCUGCUUAAAGGUGGGCUUGAUGGAGAAUAUCAAGAUGACAGUUUAGAUUUGCUUCACUAUUUCACUGUUACCUGCUACUCUGGUUAUGGUGAUGAUGAAAAGGGCUUUUAUACAGUGUACCGUAAUGUUUUUGAAAUGAUUGCAAAGGAAGAACUAGAAUCUGCUUUAGAAGAGGACAUGGAAGAUUUCCCAACUUUUGGAGACUCCCAGAGUGACUAUGAUACGGUGGUCCACCCUUUCUAUGCUUACUGGCAGAGCUUCUGCACUCAGAAGAACUUUGCUUGGAAAGAAGAAUAUGACACACGGCAGGCUUCAAACCGCUGGGAGAAGCGAGCCAUGGAAAAAGAAAACAAAAAGAUCCGGGACAAAGCGAGGAAAGAGAAGAAUGAGCUUGUCCGUCAGCUGGUCGCUUUCAUCCGUAAAAGGGAUAGAAGAGUGCAGGCUCAUCGAAAACUCGUGGAAGAACAAAAUGCAGAGAAAGCCAGGAAAGCUGAGGCGAUGAGGCGGCAGCAGAAGCUAAAACAGGCCAAGCUGGCAGAGCAGUACAGAGAGCAGACCUGGAUGGCGGUAGCUGACUUGGAAAAGGAGCUCAGGGAGAUGGAGGCGCAGUAUGAAAAGCAGUUUGGAGAUGGAUCCGGUGAAGAUGAAGUGGAAGACCAGGAGCUCAGAGAUGGACAGGAUGGUAAAGACAGCGAUGAGGCCGAGGACGCAGAACUUUAUGAUGGCCUUUACUGCCCCGCGUGUGAUAAGUCUUUCAAGACUGAAAAGGCUAUGAGGAAUCAUGAAAAAUCAAAGAAGCAUCGGGAAAUGGUUGCCUUGUUAAAACAACAGUUGGAGGAGGAGGAUGCAAAUUUUUCAGGACCUCAAACUGAUGAAAACAGUCUGAAUGCCAAUUCCGAGGAAGAGAUGGAGGAUGCGCCAAAACAAAAGCUUUCUAAAAAACAGAAGAAAAAGAAACAGAAACCAGCACAGAACUAUGAUGAUAAUUUCAAUGAAAAUGGAACUGGAGAAGGAGUAAAGGUUGACCCGGAAGAUACCAACCUAAAUCAAAAUAGUGCCAAAGAAUCAGAAGAUAGUCUCCAAGAAAAUGUUGGGGUCACAGAGACUGUGGAACUGUGUGAUGACCCCAAAACUGAGGCUAAAAGUGUUUCUAAACCCAAAGGAAAGAAAGCCAAAGAUACUAAAAAGUCUGUCAGAGUACCUGCUGAACCACAGACAGUGAGUGAUGUGCUUAUCAGCUGUACAACCUGCCAUAGUGAAUUUCCAUCCCGGAACAAACUUUUUGAUCAUCUAAAGGCCACCGGUCAUGCAAGAGCACCUUCAUCCUCAACAUCUUUGAACAGUGUAACAAAUAGUCGAAACAAAAAAGAGAAACGUAAAAACAGAUAGAAAAUCUGCCAAUGCUUUUUUCUUUCAGUUGUCUCUAGAUUUUGAAACCAAAAACUGAACUGAAAUCAUCUAAAGAGUUAAAAUUUCAGUGAUCUGCAAUUUAUUGCAUUGUGGAAAAUUAUUUUUUAUCUUGUAAAAACAUUUUUUUUGUUUAAUAUAUAUUUUUUAAACAUGUCAUUAGUGACUGAAUUCUACUUUUGCCAUCUGAAAUUGACUUGAAUGUCCCAAAACAGGUAAAUAUUGUAAAGUAUGCAGUCUUGACUUUUGUUGGCUCAUGUGGACAGAAAUGUACAGGGAGAAUUAAAUUAUUUUAACACAUACAAAUUCUCCUUUCUGCUUUAUUUUGUGAAUUUCACAUGAAGUACUUUUAUAUGAUUGGGUGCUUUUGUGUUUUGUUCUGUUUCAUGAUCUGUUGAUGACUCAGAUCAUUUUAAAAUCGUCAUGGAUUUUUUUUUUCCACCUGAUACCAUGACUCCAGUUCUGAUUUUAAAACCAUUUCUAAAUAACCUGUUGUUGAUUACUGCAUUUCCACGCCGCCGCCCCCAGAGGAUAAUGAUAAGUGAAAAUAAUUGAACAUACAUGGUUGUUUUUCAACAAGAGUAUUUCUUCAAGGUAUAUCUGUUUAACUUGAGAUUUUACUGGUAAUUAUCAAUAGGAUAUAUCUUUUGGUUUUUCACCCUGAUUUGACUCAUGGAGUUGGAACAAAUUAAUUUAUAGGGUGCUUCCUUCUCAUAAAUGUGCACAGUGACAGGUAUAAAGCAUGAUGAAUUCAGGUAGCCCAUGGUUCACAAUAUAUUCUGACUCUUUUAAUAGAGGAUAUUCUUCCUUGGAUUUUUUUUCACUGUUUUCAGAAGUUUUUUGUUUUUUCAUCAUUCAAUGGAGAGAAACUUUUUAAAUGAAAGAUUGUUCUCCAGGGCUGCUAUUUAUGCCAUCUAUUCUGUAGCAAGGAUGAAUAUUAAAUCAGAAGAAAUAGGGAGAAUCUUUAUGAGUGUGGUCGAGUACAUGGAUCAGUGACGAGUCAGUUUUUAGGAUGGAUUAAAUAGGCAGUGCUUUUAGCUGAACUUGAAAGUAAUUUUGAACUCACUAGCUUUGAAAUGUAUACUUGCUGAUCAGUGAGAUUAAUUCUCUCCAUAUAUCCUUGAAUCAUCAAAUGAAGCAAUCUUUAGUUAUGCAUAAACUAAAACACACGGCCCCUGAUGGCAAGUUUUUCUGAACUGUUCAUGGAUAAUAUUGAUGGUAUGGAUCCAUUUUGUGCGAUGGACUUAAAAAUAUGCAUUUGUGGCUAAAUUUUUUAUCUUUUUCAUUUUAGAUAGAUGUUUAUUUUCUUUAUCUCUCCUCUUUCUCCCUAACUUAUUGCUAAUUCUUUCUAAUUGUUUUCCUCCAUUUCUUGGUCCCUUUAGGGAAAAUACCAGCCAGUUUUCUGUCUUUGAUCUUUUCCUCUCAAGUUUCAUCUGAACACUCACCACCUUCCUGUAAUUUGAGCAAUUAAUUGGUCAUAGUCAUGAAUAGGGAUAUUAAUGAAUGGGAGGGCAUAUUAGUCACAGGUUAUUUAUCAUCAGUAAAGAAUUGGAAGUCAUCUGGAAAGGCAGAUAGUGUCCUGCAGAUGCCCUUCAGAUCUCCCUUGCUUUCCAUGCAGGUACUAACCCUGCAGGUGUAUUCAAAUUUAUUACUACUACAUGUGAAGAUUGGUUGGGGUUACUUGUCAGUUUUAUUCUGACUGUCAAAAAUCAUCCAUACUUUUUAAGAGAGCUUCAUCAGUUGUGAUUGGAAAUUAGGUUUCACAUCUCAUCCUGUGUAUGCUGCUGCUAAGUCAUUUAACUUGUCUGAACUUCAUGUUGCUUAUGUCUGACUCAGUUGUUAGCAUAAUAAUAUUGUCUCCAUUUAGCACACAGGAUUAUUAUUAAGAUCAAAUACAAUAGUAUAUGUGAGAAUGUUUUUUUAAAUGCAGAAACUUUACAUACAAUUUUGUUGAAUUUGGAUAAAAUUAAACUUUUUCCAGUUAAAA